AUGCUUCAUAUCAAAUAUACCUAUAAAUAUAUGGCAUCUAGAAUACCAUUGAAGUAUUGGUGCAGCCAGGUUUGUUCGCGAUUAUAUUCCAAUGGUUCAAAGAUAAUCGAAAUAGGUGGAAAAAAAUACCAACCCGAUGGGAAUUUCACAAACGUCACACCUUCAAUGAUCAGUCUCACUGGAAGAUCUCUGCAUUUGAAAGAUAGGCACCCAGUGGGCAUUCUCCGCGAUGCGAUUGAGAAUAAACUAAACUCUACUGAUAAUGCCUUUUUGGCUUACAACACAUACAAGCCAGUCGUCUCAACGUAUGAAAAUUUCGAUUCUUUAGGGUUUCCUAAGGAUCAUCCUGGAAGAUCAAAAUCAGAUACAUAUUAUGUGAACUCUAAAUAUUUGUUACGAACGCAUACGUCUGCUCACGAGUUGGAAUGCUUUGCGAAAGCAAAGAGCGGUGAAACCAACAAACCAGGGUUUUUAAUAUCAGCAGACGUGUACAGAAGAGACGAAAUAGAUAGGACCCACUAUCCUGUUUUCCAUCAAAUGGAAGGAUGCCGUAUUUGGAAUCGUGACAACACCGCUUAUACUUCUAAUGUGGAACCGGGGCACAUCACUAAGAUGAGAGAAGACCUCAAGAAACUCGAGCAGCAAUUACAUCAACAGCAGACAAAAGUAGUUGUAGAAGAUGAUACUUCCCUGGAUGGUAAUCCGAAGCAAAAUUACAUGACGGAUCUCGAAGUCGAUUUAUGCUCCAAACACUUGAAAAGGUCGAUUGAGCUAGUAAUAUCCGACGUCUUUCAUAGGAAAUUGGAAAGUUUGCGAAAAACUAACAAAGAUGCUUCUGAAAUUCCGACAGAAUUGCAAGUACGUUGGAUAAAGGCGUACUUCCCCUGGACUGCUCCCUCUUGGGAAAUUGAAGUAUGGUGGCAAGGUGAAUGGCUAGAGCUGUGCGGGUGUGGUCUUGUGCAGGAAGAUGUACUCAAAAAAGCUGGUUACGCGCCGGAUAGCACGAUUUCAUGGGCCUUUGGAUUGGGAUUAGACCGAAUUGCUAUGCUGCUGUUUGAAAUUCCAGAUAUAAGACUAUUUUGGACCCAAGAUGAGCGUUUUCAAAAACAAUUCCAAAAGGGUAUAAUCAACACAUUUAAGCCAUAUUCAAAAUAUCCAAGUACCAUGAGAGAUGUGGCAUUUUGGUUACCACAAACUGAAAAUGUAGAAAAGAUCCAUGAGAACGAUCUUAUGGAAAUUGUAAGGAAUGCCGCCGGUGACCUGGUUGAAAGUGUAAAACUUGUCGAUGAAUUUGUACAUCCAAAAUCGGGGAAAAAGUCACUCUGCUAUCGGAUCAACUAUCAAUCAAUGGAUAGAAAUUUAACUAACAACGAAAUAAAUGCCCUCCAAGAGGAGGUAAGGAAUGAACUCAGCAGAAAAUACAAUGUGCAUUUAAGAUAA